AUGCACAAGUCGUCCCGCCGUCAGCUCGAUGCUCCACUCUUCUUCCAACUGCGCAACACACCUUUCGGCAACAUGCAAUUCAAACUCUCUACUCUUGCCACAGUCACUCUUGCAGUCACUCUUGCAGCCCUUGCGGCUGCCACACCUGUGCAGCGUGCGGAAUGCACCACGGGACCCGUUCAGUGCUGCAACAGCGUCCAGAGUGCCAACGAUCCUGCUGCUGCCGCCCUCCUCGGCCUCUUGGGCAUUGUAGUCCAGGAUGUUACUGUCCAGGUCGGCCUCACCUGUACUCCAAUCACCGUAAUCGGCGGCGCUGAUAACUCCUGCUCCGCCCAGACCGUCUGCUGCGAAAACAAUACUUACGACGGCGUCGUUGCUCUUGGAUGCACUACUAGUACCAUCAAUCUCUAA